CACAUUUCAAAACCACUUCCCUCUCUUUUCCUUCAUUUCCUCUCAAAAAUCCCCCUUCUCUCUCUAAUUCACAACUUUCUCUCUCUAAUCCAGAUCGGGAACGACGAAUCCAUCCAUGGCGCCGCGAGAGGAGAGCGUCUACAUGGCGAAACUGGCCGAGCAGGCCGAGCGCUACGAGGAGAUGGUGGAGUACAUGGAGAAGGUCUCCGCGUCGCUCGAGGACAAGGAGGAGCUCUCCGUCGAGGAGCGCAACCUCCUCUCCGUCGCCUAUAAGAACGUCAUCGGCGCGCGGCGGGCGUCGUGGCGGAUCAUCUCCUCCAUCGAGCAGAAGGAGGAGUCCAGGGGGAACGAGGACCACGUCGCCACCAUCAAGGAGUACAGAUCUAAGAUCGAGGCCGAGCUCACCAAGAUCUGCGAGGGGAUCCUCAAGCUGCUCGACGAUCGCCUCGUUCCGUCCGCCGGAUCCGGCGAUUCCAAGGUUUUCUACCUGAAGAUGAAGGGCGAUUACCAUCGGUAUCUGGCGGAGUUUAAGACGGCUGCGGAGAGGAAGGAGGCGGCUGAGAGCACUCUCAACGCUUACAAGGCGGCUCAGGACAUAGCAAACACCGAACUUGCACCUACACAUCCCAUUCGAUUGGGACUGGCCCUGAACUUCUCUGUUUUCUACUACGAGAUCUUGAACUCUCCUGACCGUGCUUGCAACCUUGCCAAACAGGCCUUCGACGAGGCCAUUGCUGAGUUGGAUACUCUUGGCGAGGAGUCCUACAAAGAUAGCACUUUGAUCAUGCAACUUCUCCGAGACAACCUCACCUUGUGGACCUCUGAUAUGCAGGACGAAGGAGCCGAUGAAGCUCCUAAAGCUGAAGAAACUGCAGCUCAACAAUGAGGAUGAUGAGAGUCUUCGCUCUUUUUUUUCACCCUUUUGUUCCUCUAUUUGAAAUCCUGGCAUUUUUUCGGGUCUCUUUUAGGUCUUGAUGUUAUUGCUAUUGAAUUGUGCCGUUCAUGCACACACAGCCAGCCCUCGGACUAACUAUGCGGAGUUCUUUGUUUCAACUUUUUACCAAAUACUCUUCUCAGAUUCGGAUACCA